UCCGCUUCUUUUUUACUCCCUCUCCUAUUUCACUCCUAUAACGGUGCGGAUCAGUUGGAUAACUGGCAAAAUAAUAUUUAUAGAAGAAACAUAGUGCCAGUGCUAGGCAAAAAAAAAACAUCCUCAGCCGUUUGUUUCGUUUUAAAUUUAUAUUUUUUAAUAUUUUCGUUAUUCUAUUUUUUUUUUACGCGAGCUCUUGUGCGCAUUAAAUAAAUAAAUUGCGCAUUUUUCUUAGAAUAUUUGUGUGUUUCUUUACAACUUUUCUUCUUUAAUAAAAAAAAAAAGAUAAUUAGUGCGAAGAGGAAGCUUUCAUGGCCAAGAUGAUACAACUGCAGCGUCCCAUAACCUCGGGCAGCCGACAGGCCCCUGAUCCCUACGAUCAGUACCUGGAGAGUCGGGGCCUCUACCGGAAGCACACGGCCCGGGAUGCCUCCAGCCUGUUCCGGGUGAUCGCCGAGCAGCUCUACGACACCCAGUCGCUCCACUACGAGAUCAGGCUGGAGUGCGUCCGCUUCAUGACCCAAAAACGACGCAUAUUCGAGAAGCACAUCCCCGGUGACUUUGACAGCUACAUUCAGGACAUGGCCAAGCCGAAGACCUACGGAACCAUGACGGAAUUGCGUGCCAUGUGCUGUCUCUACAGACGCAAUGCGGUCCUCUUCGAGCCCUACAACAUGGGAACUGCUGUUAUUUUUAAGCGCAACUACCAGAACGACUUUCGGGUCUUCUACAACAAUGAGAACCACUUCGACUCUGUCUACAAAGUGGAUUACAUCGAAACGGCGGCCAUUUGCCAGUCAAUUACCUUCAAGCUGCUCUACCAGAUGCUCUUCAAGCUGCCGGACGUCAACUUUGCGGUGGAGAGCAUGCUGCAUCCGCACACCUUUGCCUGGGAUCCCUUCGACGUGGUCUUCGACCACCAGGGCUACAUGAUCCGCAUCAAGUGCUCCGAUGGCCGUAUCUUUGUCCUGGACCUGCCCGAGGUCACCAACUGCAUCCUGGAGGACUAUCAGCUGUGCAAUUUCCACAGCAGUCGUGGCAUCCAGAGUCGUAAUCGUAGGAACAGCAAGCGGGACUUGAAACAGUUGCAGGAUCAGCCGCAGGAUCAAGAUGUGUCGGGGAAUAUGGUGGAGGAGACCCAGGAUCGUUUGCACAUGUGCUCCAAUAAGAUGGUGUCCUGUGUGCGUCAGUUGCUUGACGAUGGCAUCACGCCUUUUCCUUACAAAGUGGCCAAGUCCUUGGACCCAAAUAUGUAUCGGAAUAUCGAGUUCGACUGCUGGAAUGACAUCCGGAAGGAGGCGAAGCGCUACAAUGCCUACUGCAAUGACUACAACUUCAAGGUGGGAGCCAAGUGCCGGGUUGAGUUGGAGCACGAACUGGAGAUGUUGACGUGCCACAUCCAAAAGAUAUCCCAUGACAAGGCAUCUUGUCUCAUCUUUUUGGAGAAGUUGGGCAAGAAGAUAUUGGUCCCCUACGAUUCCCUGCACCCGGUGCCACCCGACGAGUUCCGCCCCUGGACGAUGCCCUAUCGGUAUCAGCGGCCGAUGAACCGCCUCCCCCAUAUGACCAAGUUCGGGAACAAGGCCGGAGGAAACCACACCAAGAUGGCCAAGUGGAAGAAGAACAAGCCGGUGUUCGAGGAGGCCCAGUUCUAUGAGGCCAUUCAGUUCAUGCCCGAGAACUAUAGUGUUCCAGAUCCUCAGCAAGAGGGGCAGAACAAGAUGGAGCAACCGCAGGAGGCACAGGAGCAGCAGCAGGAUCAGGAGCAGGUCUCCAGGGCCAGGGAGCGGGAGAGGGAGGAUGCUGCCAAGCUGCAGUCUCAGCAGCAACAGAAGCAGGGCCCCAAGGGAUACAGGGCUGCCCGGCAGAGGAACAAUUCCGUGCCCAAUCACAACAAGGAUUCGAUAGUUACUGUGUCCAUGCCGCCGGCAGCUCACUUCCUGGGCUUCACGCCCUCUCUGGUGGCCCGCCCCGGGGCCCAGACCUCGCCUCCCUGGCCCAACUCGCCUCUGGCCAUGCCCGAGGACUUCCAGUACCCGCUGCCACCGCCUCCUCCGCCCGCCGAUGGGUGUGUCUAUAUGCCGAUUGGUGGCUUCGCCCCACAUCCCACGAUGCCGGGACCGCAUCCGCUGCUCCCGCUGCCCCCCCUAACCACCCAAGCCAACAUAGCUGCUUCUGCUGCCGGCGUGGAGCCAAGGCGCUCCAUGCAGAUGAACGGGGAAGAUCUCCCCUCGGACGUUGGGACUUUGAGAUACUUCUACAACAUGGGCGUCGAUAUGCAUCUGCGGAUGACCCACCAGCCCACGCCGGAGGAACUGGCCGCCAUUGGCUACAAUUCCCAGCAGGGCACUCCCGAGAAGGUGGAGGAUCACCUCGGGGCAGAAGCCACUCCGCCAGCAACUCCGGAUGCUGGGAAUGGCGGCGCCACCGAGCCCCUGUCCCUGGAGAAGAACAACUCGAAGCGCCAGUCCCAACCACAGACUGGGAAGUAUCGCGGCAAGCGGCCGGAGCAGUUGCAUGAGCUGAAGGACCCGAUGGGGCAUGCUGCCCUGCUGCCCACACCCACGCCCUCGCCGGGCACCAAUGGCGGGCAGUUCAACUUCCUGACGCCGCCGCCACCACCGCCACAUCACCUGAUGUCGCCGCCCAGGCUGCUCCAGCCGCCGCCCAUAUUCUAUCACAAGGCCGGUCCGGUCCAAGGCGCUCCGCCCCAGAUUCCGGGGGUACCAGGUUCCCCUCCCCAGAUGCCAGGCCUGCCAGCCGGUCAGAAUCCGUAUGCCUGGGGCCUGCCACCGCCACCACCUUCGAUGCUUCCUCACUUCGAGAUCAUGAACAACUUCCCCAUCGAUGCCCAGCAGCAGCAGCAGCAGCAGCAGAAGGCUCCCCUCCCAGUUGCCCCCCAGUUGCCGGCACUCCCAAUCCCAGCUCAAUCCCAGCCAGCAGCCGCCUACGGAGGAGCUGCCGCCCGUCAUCACUGAGAGGGAGGAGAAAGGUAAUCCAGGAGGGACAUACUAUUCCCAGAUGAAAACGACCCAAAGUGCAUACAUUACGAAAUCGAAGAAACUACUUUUAAAACUCAAACAUACUUUUAAAUUGUAGUCCACUUUUAAAUGCACACACAACAUACCAUACACCACACACCACACACCACACACACCUUCCCAGAACACAACACCCCCCCCAGUAACGUUUCACUCUCGAAACACAUCAUGAUCGAUGAUUGCAUAACUUAACUCGUAUGCCAACUAAUUUAAUUGCCUUUUAAAUUUGUUCGUCGGAGCUAUUUAAUGCGAUUAAAUGCCAUUUUUUUUAAAUAUUCACUUUACUCUCUUAACGAACCACACUCAACGCAAGUUGGAACAAAACUCAACCUCCUAUUUAUAUGAUCUAUUUAACUACCAAGCCUUUAACUUUAAACUCUCACUUAAACAUAUAUCUUAUUCCCUAACAAUGCCAUGUUUAAAGUGUAUCGAGAAAACAACUAACUAAACCAAUAAAAAGUAACGUAUAUCACA